CACAUGGUACGGCCUCUCUGUGCGUGGUACGUCUGGCUUUCCCCUGCGCCUGGGCCAGGGUGGUACGCGCUGCCUCCGCUGGCUGCCCCUCCCAGUUGGUUUCCGCGCGAAAAGCCGGGGCGUCCUGUGCUGUCGCUGCGUCUGCUGGAGCCUUCGGGAUGCCGGCUCGCACCGCCCCAGCUCGAGUGCCCGCGUUGGCCACUCCGGCCAUCUCACUGCCCGACGAUGUCCGCAGGCGGCUCAAAGACUUGGAAAGAGACAGUUUGACAGAAAAGGAGUGUGUGAAGGAGAAACUGAACCUCCUGCAUGAAUUUCUGCAAACGGAAAUCAAGAAUCAGUUGUGUGAUUUGGAAACCAAAUUACAUAAGGAAGAGCUGUCCGAGGAGGGCUACCUGGCUAAAGUCAAAUCCCUUUUAAAUAAAGAUUUGUCCUUGGAGAACGGAGCACAUGCUUUCAAUCGAGAAGUGAACGGCUGCCUAGAGAACGGGAGCCAGGCCAGCGGUGCAGCCCGGAGAGUGCGAAUGGCAGAGCCACACAGCCCCCCGCACAGCAGUUCUAAGCCCCGGGCGCCGCGGAGAAGCAAGUCUGAUGGCGAGGCCCAGCCUGGAACUUCACAGAGCCCCAUGGUGACGAGGAGAACGACCAGGCAGACCACUAUCACAUCUCAUUUUGUCAAGGGCCCUGCCAAACGGAAAUCCGAGGAAGACCUGGACAGGUCCAAGUCAGAGGAGUCUGUGGAUGAAGAAGAGAAAGACCAGGAUGAGAAGAGACGAAGAAUUACGUCCAGUGAGCCAGUUGCUGGACCUUCUGUGGCAGAGCCGGAAAUCAAAACCCCAGGAACUCACACAGACCAGGAGGAUGAGAGAGAUGAAAGAGAAGACAGGAGACUUAGAAGUCAGACCAGAGAGCCAGCCCUGACACAGGGAGCGAAGGAGGAGGCGGACAAGGAAGGCCGGCCCGGGACUCACACAGACAUGGAUGUGGAAGGAGAGGAGAUGGAUGAACAGAGGUCCAGAAGUCAACCCAGGGAUGUAGCUCCCAAACGGAGGACCGAGGAGAUGGAGUGUGAGCCAGCCACGCCGAACACGUCCGAGGAGAGGGACGAGGACGAGAGGGAGGAGAAGAGACGUAAAACCAUACCUAAAGAACCGGCAGAGAAGAAACCGCCUCGAAGCAAGGCCAUGGUGAACUCCAGGCUCCAGCCCCCCAGGUGUGUCCAGUGUGGGCAGUACCUAGAUGACGUCGACCUCAAGUAUGAGCAGCACCCUCCUGAUGCGCUGGAGGAGCCCCAGAUGCUGACCAACGAGGCGCUGUCCAUCUUUGACUCCAACGAAUCUGGCUUUGAGAGCUACGAGGCUUUUCCCCAGCACAAGCUCACGUGCUUCAGCGUGUACUGCAAGCGAGGUCACCUGUGCCCGAUCGACACCGGCCUCAUCGAGAAGAACGUGGAACUCUAUUUCUCUGGCUCAGCGAAAGCAAUCUAUGAAGAAGACCCAUCUUUAGAAGGUGGCGUUAAUGGCAAAAAUCUCGGCCCCAUCAAUGAAUGGUGGAUCACAGGCUACGAUGGCGGCGAGAAGGCGCUCAUCGGCUUCAGCACGGCUUUUGCGGAGUACAUUCUUAUGGAGCCCAGCCCAGAUUACGAGCCCAUCUUUAGCCUGAUACAGGAGAAGAUCUACAUUAGCAAGAUCGUGAUUGAGUUCCUGCAGGGCAAUCCUGACGCCACCUACGAGGACCUGAUCAACAAGAUUGAGACCACUGUCCCCCCUUCCAUGAUCAACGUGAACCGGUUCACAGAGGACUCUCUGCUCCGCCACGCCCAGUUCGUGGUGGGACAAGUGGAGAGUUACGACGAUGCCAAGGACAGUGACGAGCAGCCCAUCUUCCUGUCGCCCUGCAUGAGAGCCCUCAUCAAGCUGGCAGGGGUCACCCUGGGGCAGAGGCGAGCCGAAAGGCGGCAGACGGUCAGGCUCAGGCACUCUGCCAAGGAGAAGGACAAAGGACCCACAAAAGCCACCACCACCAAGCUGGUCUACGAGAUCUUUGACACUUUCUUCUCGGAGCAGAUUGAAAAGGACGAGAAAGAGGACAAGGAGAAUGCCUUCAAAAGGCGGCGCUGUGGCGUGUGUGAGGUUUGCCAGCGGCCCGAGUGCGGCAAGUGCAAGGCCUGCAAGGACAUGGUGAAGUUCGGGGGCAGCGGCCGCAGCAAGCAGGCCUGCCUGAAGAGGAGGUGUCCCAACAUGGCCAUGAAGGAGGCCGAGGACGACGAGGAAGUGGACGACGACAUCCCGGAGAUGCCAUCGCCCAAGAAAAUGCAUCAGAACAAGAAGAUGAAGCAGAACAAGAACCGGAUCUCUUGGGUUGGGGAAGCCAUCAAGACCGAUGGGAAAAAGAGCUACUACCAGCAGGUGUGCAUAGACGCAGAGACCCUGGAGGUGGGAGACUGCGUCUCUGUCAUCCCAGACGACCCCUCAACGCCCCUGUAUCUCGCAAGGGUGACAGCGCUGUGGGAGGACAGCAGCAACGGGCAGAUGUUCCACGCGCACUGGUUCUGCGCCGGCACGGACACGGUCCUCGGGGCCACGUCGGACCCCCUGGAGCUGUUCCUGGUGGAUGAGUGCGAGGACAUGCAGCUCUCCUACAUCCACAGCAAGGUCAAGGUCAUCUACAAGGAGCCCUCGGAGAACUGGGCCAUGGAGGGAGGCAUGGAUCCCGAGGCCAUGCUGCCGGCGGUCCCCAAGAAGACCUACUUCUACCAGCUGUGGUACGACCAGGACUACGCGAGGUUUGAGUCCCCUCCCAAGGUGGAGCCGACCGAGGACAAUAAGUACAAGUUCUGUGCGAGCUGCGCGCACCUGGCGGAGCUGAGGCAGAAGGAGAUCCCCCGCGUGCUGGAGCAGCUGGAGGACCUGGACAGCCGGGUGCUCUACAGCUCGGCCACCAAGAACGGCGUCCUGUACCGGGUGGGCGACGGCGUGUACCUGCCCCCUGAGGCCUUCGCCUUCAACAUCAAGCUCUCCAGCCCUGUGAAGCGCCCGAGGAAGGAGGCGGUGGAUGAGGAGCUGUACCCGGAGCACUACCGGAAGUACUCUGACUACAUCAAGGGCAGCAACCUGGACGCCCCUGAGCCCUACCGCAUUGGCCGGAUAAAAGAGAUCUUCUGCCCCAAGAAGAGCAAUGGCAAGCCUAACGAGGCAGAGAUCAAGAUCAAGCUCAACAAGUUUUACAGGCCAGAGAACACCCACAAGUCCACCGCCGCGAGCUACCACGCCGACAUCAACCUGCUGUACUGGAGCGACGAGGAGGCAGUGGUGGAGUUCCGGACCGUGCAGGGCCGCUGCACUGUGGAGUACGGGGAGGACCUACCCCAGUGCCUGCAGGACUACUCCAUGGGCGGCCCCGACCGCUUCUACUUCCUGGAGGCCUACAACGCAAAGAGCAAAACCUUUGAGGAUCCCCCGAACCACGCCCGCAGCCCGGGGAACAAGGGCAAAGGGAAGGGGAAAGGGAAAGGCAAGACGAAAUCUCAGGCAUCGGAGCCCAGUGAGCGAGAGCUGGCGAUCAAGCUGCCCAAGCUGCGGACCCUGGACGUGUUCUCGGGCUGUGGGGGGCUAUCGGAGGGCUUCCACCAGGCAGGCAUCUGCGAGACGCUGUGGGCCAUCGAGAUGUGGGAGCCCGCGGCGCAGGCGUUCCGGCUGAACAACCCCGGCUCCACGGUGUUCACCGAGGACUGUAACGUGCUGCUCAAGCUGGUCAUGGCCGGCAAUGUGACCAACUCCCUCGACCAGCGGCUGCCCCAGAAGGGGGACGUGGAGAUGCUGUGCGGCGGGCCCCCCUGCCAGGGCUUCAGUGGCAUGAACCGCUUCAACUCGCGCACCUACUCGAAGUUCAAGAACUCCCUGGUGGUCUCCUUCCUCAGCUACUGUGACUACUACCGGCCGCGCUUCUUCCUGCUGGAGAACGUGCGGAACUUCGUGUCCUUCAAGCGCUCCAUGGUGCUGAAGCUGACGCUGCGCUGCCUGGUCCGCAUGGGCUACCAGUGCACCUUCGGCGUGCUGCAGGCUGGGCAGUACGGCGUGGCGCAGACGCGGCGGCGCGCCAUCAUCCUGGCGGCGGCCCCCGGGGAGAAGCUGCCCUUGUUCCCGGAGCCCCUGCACGUGUUUGCGCCCCGCGCCUGCCAGCUGAGCGUCGUGGUGGACGACAAGAAGUUCGUGAGCAACAUCACGAGGUUGGGCUCGGCCCCCUUGCGAACCAUCACGGUGCGGGACACGAUGUCUGACCUCCCCGAGAUCCGGAACGGGGCCUCUGCCCCCGAGAUCGCGUACAAUGGGGAGCCGCAGUCCUGGUUCCAGAGGCAGCUGCGGGGCUCGCACUACCAGCCCACCGUCAGGGACCACAUCUGCAAGGACAUGAGCCCGUUGGUGGCCGCCCGCAUGCGGCACAUCCCGCUGGCCCCCGGCUCGGACUGGCGUGACCUGCCCAACAUCGAGGUGCAGCUGUCGGACGGCACCCAGGCCAAGAAGCUGCGCUACACCCACCAGGACAAGAAGAACGGCAGCAGCAGCUCCGGCGCCCUGCGCGGCGUCUGCUCCUGCGCGGAGGCCGCCGGCAGAGCCUGUGACCCCUCGGCCAGACAGUUCAACACGCUCAUCCCCUGGUGCCUGCCGCACACCGGGAACCGGCACAACCACUGGGCGGGCCUGUACGGGCGCCUGGAGUGGGACGGCUUCUUCAGCACCACCGUCACCAACCCCGAGCCCAUGGGCAAGCAGGGCCGCGUGCUGCACCCCGAGCAGCACCGCGUGGUGAGCGUGCGGGAGUGCGCCCGCUCCCAGGGCUUCCCCGACACCUACCGGCUCUUCGGCAACAUCCUGGACCGGCACCGGCAGGUGGGAAACGCCGUGCCGCCUCCCCUGGCCAAAGCCAUCGGCUUGGAGAUCAAGCUGUGUAUGUUGGCCAGAGCCCGAGAGCGCGCCGCAGCUAAAGUAAAGGAGGAGGAGACAGCCGCGAAGGCCUAGGUCGUGUCUCUCGCCCCAUUUCUGCCACCAGGAGACCUCACAUGCACUGAUGUCGUCGUCGUCUAACAUGUUGCUCUGUCAGUUCCGGUGUGUCGUGCGGUGUCCGCGGCCUUGGCCGACACGAAGCUGUCCGUGAGGUUUGCUUAUCGACUAAUGACUUAGUGAUCAAACUGUGCUAUUCUUUGUGCAUUCUGGAUUUUAAAAGUUUUUUAUUAUGCAUUAUAUUAAAUCUUCCACUCUGAAGUGGAAAUUGAGACUUUAUGUAGUUUUUAUAUGUUGUAAUAUUUCUUCAAAUAAAUCUCUCCUAUAAAGCA